AUGAGUACCCCCAGCUUUGGUGCUGACUCACUGAUCGAUCAAGCUGAAUCCUUCAAGACAUUUCUUGGCCUUAAUCAGCCGGAGCCAGGAGACAAGUUCUUUCUUGUUAUGGGCCUUACAGGAGCUGGCAAGAGCACAUUCAUCUCAAACUGCACAGACCAUAGCGUCGUUGUAGGCCAUGGACUUUAUUCAUAUACUCCUGGUUUUAACGACACCACUCGCUCUGAUAUUGAUACGCUAGAGAUAUUAGCAACUUAUCUCGGUGCGUCGUAUGCAAACGGCGUGCGGAUCAGCGGUAUUAUAACAUUAUAUCCUAUCACAAACAACAGAAUGGCGGGAUCAAACUUAAGGAGCUUAACAAUCCUGAAAGCCGUUUCCGGAUUUGCUUUAAAUAAUAAUCUUGCCAUCGUUACCACUAUGUGGCCUGAAUCUCCAACUUCUAUCGAAAAGACCAUUCUUGAACAGCGAGAACUUGAACUUUUGGCGAAUAAUGAGUUCUUCGGUGAUCUUGUCACCAAAGGAGCAACAAUGUUUCGACACUAUGAAAGAGGCUACGGCAAAAGAAGCUCCGGACGACGGAUAGUGGAUAGCCUGGCCCGAAGACUAGAAGGCCAUUCGCCGGUUGUGCUUCAAUUACAACGCGAGGUCGUUGAUGAGAAAAAGAAUCUAGGGGAAACAACCGCAGGGGUAGCGGCAGCUGUGUAUCUAUACAAAGCUCGCCUGGAACAUGACAAUCAUCUCAAACGACUGACUACUGAGUUAGAAAGAACUUCGGCAGGCUCGGAUAAGGAGUAUUGUCAUCAAUUACAAGAGUUGAAGGCUGAAGUGGAUAAAGAAAUCCAACAGACGGAGCAGGAUCGCCAAACGUUGGUCAAGACCAUGGUAGAUCUACAUCAAACCGAGACAAAAUCGCUGGAGCAGCGACUUUCCAACCUACGAAGCCAGUUCGAAGCUGAAGUUCGAAACAAGGAGAUGAUGUUGCGAGACGUGCAAGAUUCUUGUGAUGCGCUUCAAAAGGAGGUAGCUCGUCUCGCAAAUCACCCGCAGCAGCAACAACUUGUCGCACGUCGUACCAAAACCCAUCAGAAGGUCCUUCUAAAGGCCCAGAAAGAUGCUGAGAAAAGUCGAAGGGACCACCAGAGGGUUCAAGAGUAUACCAAGGAGAUCGUUGGUGGUGUUAUGAACGGGAUAGCUGCAGGUACAGUUGCUGGUGUGAUGGGUGGUCUUCUGUGUACAGUGUUGUAG